AUGCCGAUCGCCCACUUGCUGGAGCUAUGGAAGGGGAUAGAGGUGGAGCCCAUGGAGACGGAGACAACGGAGAAUGACAUAAAUCUUGACAUGGAGCCAGCCUGGCCUGUCACACAGGAGGAGGAAGAAGGUAUCGUGAAGGAAAUAGACAUCAGUCAUCAUGUGAAGGAAGGUUUUGAAAAAGCAGAUCCUUCUCAGUUUGAGCUGCUGAAAGUAUUAGGACAAGGUUCAUAUGGAAAGGUAUUUCUAGUGAGGAAGAUCAAGGGAUCUGAUGCGGGUCAGCUUUAUGCCAUGAAGGUACUUAAGAAGGCAACUCUGAAAGUUCGGGAUCGGGUACGAUCAAAAAUGGAGAGAGAUAUUUUGGCAGAAGUGAAUCAUCCUUUCAUAGUCAAGCUUCAUUAUGCAUUUCAGACAGAGGGAAAGUUGUAUCUAAUACUAGAUUUCCUGCGGGGAGGGGACCUUUUCACAAGACUCUCCAAAGAGGUGAUGUUUACAGAAGAGGACGUCAAGUUCUACUUAGCUGAGCUGGCCUUGGCGUUAGACCACCUCCAUGGUCUUGGAAUUAUUUACAGGGAUCUAAAACCAGAAAACAUUCUUCUUGAUGAAGAGGGCCACAUUAAGAUAACAGAUUUUGGUCUGAGUAAAGAAGCCAUCGACCAUGACAAGAGAGCGUAUUCAUUCUGUGGGACAAUAGAGUAUAUGGCCCCAGAGGUGGUCAACCGGCGAGGACACACACAGAGUGCCGACUGGUGGUCUUUUGGCGUACUCAUGUUUGAGAUGCUGACAGGAUCGUUACCCUUCCAGGGAAAAGACAGAAAGGAGACGAUGGCACUCAUUCUCAAAGCCAAGCUGGGAAUGCCGCAGUUCUUGAGCAUAGAAGCCCAGAGCCUGCUGCGAGCCCUCUUCAAAAGGAACCCCUCCAACAGAUUAGGUGCUGGAUUCGAUGGAGUGGAAGAAAUUAAACGUCACCCUUUCUUUGUUACUAUAGACUGGAACAAACUAUACAGGAAAGAAAUCAAGCCGCCUUUCAAGCCCGCAGUGGGACGGCCAGAAGACACCUUUCAUUUUGAUCCAGAGUUCACAUCUCGGACGCCCACGGAUUCCCCGGGUGUUCCUCCAAGUGCCAAUGCUCAUCAUCUUUUCAGAGGGUUCAGCUUCGUUGCUUCUAACUUGGUGCAGGAGCCAGCACAGCAAGAGGUGCACAAAAUCACCGUCCAUCCAAUUGUGCAGCAGUUACAUGGGAACAACAUUCACUUUACAGACGGAUAUGAGAUCAAGGAGGACAUCGGAAUUGGCUCCUAUUCAGUGUGCAAGAGAUGUGUUCAUAAAGCUACAGAAACAGAGUUUGCAGUGAAGAUAAUUGAUAAGAGCAAGAGAGACCCCUCUGAAGAAAUUGAGAUCCUCUUGCGAUAUGGACAGCAUCCAAACAUCAUCACUCUUAAAGAUGUCUAUGAUGAUGGGAAAUAUGUGUACCUUGUGAUGGAGCUGAUGCGGGGAGGCGAGCUCCUGGACCGCAUUCUUCGGCAGAAGUGUUUCUCAGAGCGGGAGGCCAGUGCUGUGCUGUGCACCAUCACCAGGACUGUGGACUACCUGCACUCUCAGGGCGUGGUGCACCGAGAUCUCAAGCCAAGUAAUAUCCUCUACAUGGAUGAGUCAGGAAACCCAGAUUCCAUCAGGAUCUGUGACUUUGGGUUUGCCAAGCAACUGAGAGCGGAGAACGGGCUGCUCAUGACUCCCUGCUACACGGCCAACUUUGUGGCCCCUGAGGUCCUUAAACGCCAAGGUUACGAUGCAGCCUGUGACAUCUGGAGCUUGGGGAUCCUGCUGUAUACCAUGUUGGCAGGGUUCACUCCUUUUGCAAAUGGACCAGAUGACACCCCAGAGGAGAUUCUGGCCAGGAUUGGCAGUGGCAAAUACGCACUUACAGGAGGAAACUGGGAUUCAGUAUCUGAUACUGCAAAGGACAUUGUGUCUAAGAUGCUUCACGUAGACCCUCAUCAGCGCCUCACAGCAGUCCAAGUCCUAAGGCAUCCAUGGAUAGUGAACAGGGAGUACCUGUCUCAAAACCAGCUCAGCAGACAGGACGUUCACCUGGUGAAGGGUGCAAUGGCAGCCACUUACUUUGCUUUAAACCGAGCACCUCAGGCACCAAGGCUGGAGCCUGUAUUGUCCUCCAAUCUGGCUCAGCGGCGGGGCAUGAAAAGACUUACCUCUACCAGGUUGUAGCAGUACCCCCAAAAGGCCUCUUUGAAAAAUCACCAUUUAUUAUUUGAGAAAUUCACCUUUACUUGGCUAGCAGAACUUUUUUGGACAACUUGCACAUGAAAUCGCCAGAACUAGCAGAAGCCCAGCGUAAGGCAAAGUUCUCCUUUGCUCUGUCAUUUCUUUUACAUUCCAGCCAGGGUCCCGAGUUUAACAACUUCAUAAAGAUGUGCCAAUUUUGCCAGUAGCUCUGUUUCCUUACUGAGAUAAAGCCAAAUAAAGUAGGUGUGCUCCAUCCUUCCCACCCUA